AUGGGGGACACAGGCAAAGAAGAAUAUAAAAUACACACGUUUGAUACAGAGAUUCAGCAGCUACUCAAAACAGCCCUCAAAGGUCAGUAUCUCUCCCUUUUCUCCCUCCCUGUUUCCCCCCCUGUCUAUCCUCCCCAUUGCCAUGAAUCAAGCAUAAUUCACUGCUAGAUUUGGAGCUGUUUGGGCCUAUCAACAUUGUGAAGGGUUGUGUGUGCUCUGAUAUGAAUUGCCCAUUCCUUAAAAUCUUCUUCAGGGUUAGAAAAGGUUUGGAAACGGGAGCCAAAAUGAUCAAGGGGAUGGUGCGACUCCCCCUAUGAGACACGUUUGAAGCACCUGGGACUUUUUUAAUGAAUAAGGGGGGGGGGGACAAAGAAAGACAAGUGAGAGGAGACAUGAUAAAAUUCUGCACUAUGUUGAGAAAGUGGAUAGAGAAGUUUUUCUCCCCCUCCCGUAACACUAGAACUCUGUACGUCCAUUUAUUGGCUAGUCUUCAAACAGAUGGUGCAUCAGAUGUUACUGAUAAGAACAGAUUUAAACGUUCAGGUAGAUAAUGUUUGCUGCUGCACUCUUGACUAUAGGUGAGUUCAGGUGGAUUUGUAAUGUAAGCUACAAAGUGCUAUACUCUGAUAAGGCAUGUGCAUGGCUGUCCCAAUUUAGCCUGCAGCAGAGAAAGCAAAAGAAGAAGCUGAACUGUUAUAUGUAAGAUUCUACUAUAGAGACAGCCCAUCGUCCUUAGAUGGCUCCUGACUUGCAGUGCUAUAGAGCAGCCUUCUCCAACUUCUGUUGCUUCUCGCCACCAUCCCUGACCUUUGGCUAUGCAAGGUGGGACGAAUGGGAGCUAUAUUCCAACAACACCUGGAGGACGCAUUUUUGCCUACCUGUGAGGUCACAGUUUCUUCCAAAGUAUCCUAGGAAUGUAAUAUAAUGAGAAUGCUGAAAAUACUUCAUUAGAAUGACUAAGCUCUUUAUGGAACUACGGGUCCCAAUGUUUGCUUUGUUGGGAUCAGUGGCAGUUUAAAACUGGAUUAAAUUUGUAGGGGCAGAUAUGACACAGCUCAGGCAUGUCACUCACUUUUUGGCCUCAGAUUUCUCCUGCCUUUAAGACGGAAUAGCAGAUCACUCUUCCUUCCAGGAGAUUUGUGAUGCAGAAAGGUUUGCAAACAGCACCAUUCCUACAGAGACAGUUUUGAUCCAUAAAUAAAAUAUCCAGCAAAAAAGAAGAAGGAACCCAUCAAUUAUUGUGCAGUUUUAAACAUACAGAAUGAUGCAAAGGUAUGCUUGUUUUGAGGCAGCACUGAUAGCGUUACACUUCUUUUACAGACCCCAGCAGUGUAGAUCUGGAGAAGGUUGCCAACGUAAUUGUGGACCAGUCCCUCAAAGACUCUGUGUUCAGCAAAGAGGCCGGGCGCAUCUGCUACACCAUUAUCCAGGUGGGAGAAUGAGCAUGCCAUGUUUUGGAAACUGCUAGUUUUCACAUCACAGCUGUUCACCAUAUGCAACUAUUCUGGAAAUUUUAUUUGCAUAUAAAUAACAUACUAUUCAUAUACGCUGUUUUAUUUAAAAGUAUUUCUAAACAAUUAAAAAAAAAAAAUCUAAGCCAUGUAUAAGAAACAAAAAAAACACAAAAUAAAACAAUGCGAUAAAAACAGAAAUCCAGAUAUAAGGAUCCAAUCUUACAGAGCAGUGAAAGCAUGCAUGAGAAGAUACAUCUUUACUAGACAUCUGAAGCGAAUAACUGAUGAUGCUUCAUAUAUGGCAGAGGGAAGGUAUUCAAAAAUGUUGGGGCAGCAGUAGAAAUUCACCCUCUUGGGAUCACCCCCCAGUGAUACUUUGUAGGGUGUGGUGCCGUUGGUAAAGUUUCCAGAUGAUCUAAGUGGUCUUGCAUGGGGAGGCCAACAUUGCUGCAAGUGAUUUAAAAAAUGCAUCUCACCAUCUUCUAGCCAGUUUUUGUUUAGAUGUUCCUGCCCUCUUUUCUGCUUUUCUUGUUUUGUAUAUCCAGCAUGGUUGGUGCAAGGAUGAGAUGUAGGUGGGUGAGAUCAGAGGGAAACGACAUUACUGCAUCAUUAUUGAUUUUUUGUUAAAGCAAGAACCCAACAUGAAAUAAAAUUUUCUACAAGUCCAGAGGGCUGGGGAGCUUUCCCAAGAAAACAUAGUGGAGAGGCUUCGGGAAAACUUGUGCAUGUGUGUGUGCAUGUGUGUAUACACACACAUACAUAAGCAUAUAUGUGUGUGUGUGUAUAUGUCUGUUAGGGAUAUACAAAAGGAGCCUGUAGGUUGCAUAAAAGCCAUUCUAGAUGUGCAUGCUGUUCACUUUGGCUCUACCACCAGCCAUGCUUCCUUUCCUGCAGAUGGAGCUUGGUUUGGCCUGCCCUGCUGAAUAUUUUGGGUGUCCAGCCCAGCUGUGAGAGGGCAAGAAGGUGAAUCUAUCCCUUCAACUCCAGACCAGACGUGGUGAGCAAAACUCCCAUUAGUGACCUGUCUCAGUUUUGCCUCCCCUCUGAACUUUUUUGCACCUAUAGGCUCCUGCUUCAUCGUGCCAGAACUUUUUCUGCACGGUGGUGUGUUUUGAAGCAUGAGAGAGGAAGAGAAAGAGAGAGAGAGAUAAGCCCAGACAGCCUGCUGCCACAGCUGAGAUUGCACACAGCAUCCUUCUGGCGCUUCACCUCUUUGCCUUUGUCGCAGGCGGAGAGCAAACAGGUGGGCCAGAGUGUCUUUCGGCGGGGGCUCCUCAACCGACUUCAGCAGGAGUAUAAAGACCGGGAUGAACUGCGAGCCCGCUCCCUCCAGGCCUGGAUCUGCUAUGUCACUUUUAUCUGUAACAUCUUUGAUUACCUGAGGGUAAGACCAAACUUCAGAACUGGUGUACAGUCAUACCUUAGGUUACAGACGCUUCAGGUUGCGUUUUUUCAGGUUACGGAUGUGCCGAAACCCGGAAGUACCGGAACGGGUUACUUCCGGGUUUCGACGGUCGCGCAAGCGCAGAAGUGCUAAAUUGCGCUUUACGCAUGCACAGAAGCAACAAAUCGCAACCCACGCAUGCGCAGAUACAGGUUGUGAACGUGCAUCACACACGGACCACGUUCACAACCCAAGCGUCCACUGUAUUAUCCAGACCUGGGGCUAGUUCAUGUGCUGCUCUCACAAUGAGGGAAUGUGGUUGUGUUUAGGCUUGUGUUUUGUUUUUGUUUUAAUGCUGCCAUUCAAUCCAGCAAGAUUGAAAAAUGCAGCAUAAAACAUUGAACGGAAUUAAAUGUGCAUCUAAAAUACUUGGGGGAAAUAAAAAGGCAUUUGCCUGGCACCCAAAGGAUGAUAAGGUGAGUGCCUGGCAACCUCUGUGGGAAAAGCAUUCCACAUCUGGGGCACUCACCUGAAAUGACUGGGGCUGCUGCAGGAGGCCUUAAUUCAAAUGAGUGCAACAGGGUGGUCUUUGCAUAUGUCACUUGUACAGAAAUUCUUCUUGCAGUCCGGAAGGUUCAUGGUCUAGAUGUAGCAGCAGGACAGCUUUUAGAAGCAGCCUGCCAUGGGGGUCCUUGCAGUUUGGUCCUUCCUGUUAUAAUAAUUUGAAUAAUAAUAAUUUAUUAUUUCUACCCCACCCAUCUGGCUGGUUUUCCCCAGCCACUCUGGGCGGCUUCCAACAAAGAUUAAAAAUACAUUAAAGUGUCACACAUUAAAAACUUCCCUAAACAGAGUUGCCUUCAGAUGUCUUCUAAAAGUCGGAUAGUUCUUUAUUUCCUUGACAUCUGAUGGGAUGUCAAAGAAUCAUGCAUCUGAUGCAAAAGGGCUCUAGGCUGUGCCACAGUACAUUUGUGACAGUUUUCUUAAGGUGCCACAGAUGCUCUUGGUUGUUCUUGUUUCAAGAGACUUAGCACACACAGCUACCUUUCUGGGAUUUUUAAGACACACACACAGGGAGGGGCUCUCUAACGAUUCCAUAAUGAUUCUGAGCGAUAGUUGACAAGUGCACCUAUUUCACAGGUCAAUAACAUGCCAAUGAUGGCACUGGUGAACCCAGUUUAUGACUGCCUGUUCCGACUGGCGCAGCCAGAAAGCCUGCGGAAAGAGGAAGAGGUGAGUAUUCUCAGAGCACAGUGGGGACAAAAGCAGGUUGCUGUCCUGUGAGAACACACCUGGUAAAGAGGAUUGGAAGGUGGACAACUUUUAGGCCAGGGGUGGGAAUCUUUUUUCAGCCUGGAGCAAUGAAUGCAAAUUUUCCCUUUGUAUAGUAGGCUAGUUUCUACACACAUCCACCCAGUGCUUUUUUCUGGGGGGGGGGGGGCGCAUCCCCCUAAACAUUUUGUGAAUCUUUAUACUUUUGUCCAUUUACUGAAUAUAUUUUCCCCGAUUUGAACGAUAAAAUGGUGAUUUCCUUGAGUCAAAGUGAGAGUACCCCUAAAGAUUUUUUUUUAAGGAAAAAAAUACUGCAUCCACCCAACCAUCAUUUUAUUUGCAUGCUGCCUCUCCAUAAUUAAAACCAUGCUCAAGGCAUCUUGCAGCACGAAAACAAUAGUUAAUUACAAAUAUAACAAAAGUAGUCAUAGACAAGAAAUAAAAGGACAUCUAAAGAACACAACCAAAAUGCAGUAAAUCACAAAAAAACAGCAGCCCAAGGUUCGGUUUAGCAGCCUACUUUAUUUUUUCCCUUCUCUUCUGAUUUAGUGCCAAGAUGCCAACAUGAGACAUUUCUGUGCAGCACACACUCCCCACCCCACCCCCUUUACCCAACUACUCCGAUUCUUAACAGAAGCAUUUUCAUUUCCUUCCAUUAAGGUGGACUGUCUGGUGUUGCAGCUACACCGCAUUGGUGAACAACUUGAGAAGAUGAACACCCAGAGGAUGGAUGAGCUUUUUUCCCUCCUGCGAGACGGUUUCCUCCUGCAGGAGGGCCUUACCUCCCUUUCCCAGCUACUCUUGCUUGAGAUCAUUGAGUUCCGGGCUGCUGACUGGAAAAUGACAGAUGCAGCCCAGAAGUACUAUUACAGUGAGGUCGCAGACUGA